UACACAAACCAAAGAACACGCUUCUAAAGGUAGUAUUUCAGCCUGUCUGGUGGGAAGAUAUUAUAGUAUUGCUACAACGGUAUGGAUUCAAUAGACAGGCAGCAGUAAAGAUGAUGAAGUUACUUAUAAAACUUCAUCAAGCUAAAGAAGCGACGAUUGUAAUAGAAUAUCCAGAAGCAAACCAAUUACACUUUGAAAGCUUAUCGAGUUUAAGGAAAUAUUCUUCUGGAGAUAUCGUUCAGUGGCCAUCAUUAAAGAAAGUGACUUUGAACGAUUGUCCCAACAUAACAAAGUCUGGUUUGGGAAGAACAAAAUCAGUAAUCUUGGAAAAUCAAGCAUCUCUGGCAGAUAUUUUUGAAUCAUGGGAUGAUGAGUUUUCAACGAUUGUUGAAUAUGAGAUUGGUGACACUGAGGAAUUACACAAAAGAAUGUACAACCUUCGACCUUCACAUUUCACUAACAUUGUAGUGUUUCGAGCAAAAAACUGUGAUGAAAAGUUGACUGAAUUUAUAUAUAUUUUGAUGAAGAGGUCAAAAAAGCUUCAAGUUAUUGAAAUUCGGUGUUGUAAAACAUCACGAUAUCUAUUUGAAAUUUUGGAUCCUACUUUUUUGGGUGAAGAGUAUUUGAGAGGAAUAAAGGAAUUAAAGGUAAUCCAAGUAUAUGAGAUGGUGUCAUUAUGCAGUUGGGAUGUUGCAGAAUAUUUGGACUUCAAAAGUCUGCAAAUUGUACACCUCAAAAGUUGUCCCUCUAUAAAGGUUCUAUUCUAUCCAUCAUCCUUUUCCACACGGCUUUACGAACUAAAGGAAUUAAAGUUAGAGGCAUGUGAGGAUUUAGAGCAAGUAGUAGAUGAAUACUUCGAAUAUUCUUUGUCCUUCCCAAGAUUAAGUAAAGUGGAGCUAAAGUCUCUCUCAAAAUUCAGGAGGUUUACCAAAAUUGGGAGAGAUUUUUCAAGUUUGAAAACUUUGAUAAUAGAAGAAUGUCCUUGUUUAGAAGAGUUUACAGUAAACCAAGCAAUUUUAGUAGAUUUCUUAGAUCUAACGAAUAAAGCUUUACCUGAGUUGGAUGAAUUGAGAUUAGAUGGUUGUGACGUGUUGCUCUACGUAGCCUUCUUUAAGACACCGUCCGAGAAGAUGAAAUUGAAGAAAGUCUUUGUGAGUAAUUGCUAUGCAUUGAAAAUGGUAAUACUGGUGAAGGAAAUACCUAACUCUAUAGAGCUCCUCCACGAAUUAGAUGAAUUGAUUUUGAUUAAUCUUCCUAAUUUAACUCACAUCAUCGACAAAGAAUGUGUUAGGUUAUAUCAAAAUCUACGUACUCUACAAGUAGAAAGAUGUGGGUUUCUUCAUUGGUUGCCAAUUCCUCUAACUUUAACAAAUAUGAAAAUUUUGGAUUGUGAUUCUUUGCAUAAGACCGUGGUCAUCAGAAAAGAAAAGGAAGAAAAAGAAAAAGUCAUUUUUUCUCAAUUAAAGGAGGUUACUCUUCAAAAUCUAAGAAAUUUGUAUACUGCAUUUCCUUUUGGGUCAGAAUUUCCAUCCUUGGAAAUACUGAAAAUAACAAAUUGUCCUUCUCUAAUCACAUUUGUUGAAGAACGCAAUGAUUUGAAAGAGCAUAAAGAACAAGCUGUUUCAACAUGUUUCUUUCCAAAUUCGUUGUCGUUGGAAAAGUUGAAGGUGCUUUAUAUAAUAGAUCAAGAUAUUAAAGAGCUUUGGCACUAUAGUUUGUCUUCUGAAUCAUUUUGUCAGAUAGAAAAUUUGACUUUAAGCAACAAUAAUAAAUUGUUAAGUGUCAUCUCUUCUAGACUGAUCAUAAGAUUCAACAACAUGAAAAAUUUGACUUUAGACAAAUGUGAAUCAUUGAUUACAAUAUUCAUUCUUGAAGAUGAUCAUCCUAUGCAAGAAAUGUUUCCUCAACUGAGGAAAAUAUCAUUGAGUAACCUAAAUAAUUUGAAAUUUAUAUGGAACAAAGAACCUAAUGUUCCAUUCUUCUCAAAUUUGGCGUCACUUUUCAUUGUCCAUUGUGAUAGCAUUGAAAGUUUAUUUUCACUUUCUUCCUCCAAAUAUCUUAAGAAACUCAAAUUACUGAGGCUGUAUAGUUGUAAAGAACUAAAGCAAGUGAUCUCGAGUGAUGAAGAUGAAAAUGCAUCUACCAAUUUUCCCCAAAUGAAAUGUCUAGUAUUGAAGGAUCUUCCAAAGUUGGUGAAUUUCAGUCAUUAUCAUGGAACUCUUGAUUGGCCUAGUUUACAAACUUUAAGGGUUAGCAAUGUUCCAAGUAUGAAAAUAUUUUCAAGAGGCAACAUCAACACACCAUUGUUGAGAUCAAUAGAUAUAACAUUUAUUAAGAAGCUUUGGUUUGAAAAUCUAAAUAAGACUAUAUCAUUUAUUUACAACAAUCCAGAAUUAAUUAAAGUGACUCAAAUAAAAAAAGAGGAACAACUUCUACAACAAGACAACAAUGGAUAAAAGAAUGAACAUUAAUCUCUUGAGAAUCAAGACAUAGGAUUACUCUUUGUGGCGACCUCUUCAAGAUUAAGCGAUGAAUUUAUCAAUUUGAAUGAGGAAUUAGGAAUCGAACUACCUAUGAAGGGAGACGAUGGUGCAACUAUGUAGUUUAAGAUUUCAGUUCUUCUGUUUAGAACUCUUGAAAAACUCAAUUUAUGUUUUAAUCAUAGUUUCUUAACAUUGUAGAUAAAUCCUAAAUUCGUUUCAAAUGUUUAAAAUAAUUGUAAUAGUAUUAUGGAUUUUCUGAAUUAU